GAUGAUUGUGAAAAGACGUUUAGCCGACGAUCAGAUCUGGCACGUCACAAGAGAAUACACACAGGUGAAAGACCAUAUCCAUGCGAUUGGCCUGGAUGCGGAAAGAGAUUCAUUCAAAGGUCUGCGCUCACCGUUCACUCCCGCGUUCACACCGGUGAUCGACCACACGUUUGUGAAUUUGCGGGAUGUAACAAGAGCUUCAGUGAUUCAUCUUCUUUGGCCCGUCAUCGUAGAACACAUUCUGGUAAACGGCCAUACGUGUGCACAGAACGAACAUGCGGAAAGAUGUUC